GUUUAGCACUUCCUUCGCCAUGGCACAAGAUCGGCUGGUGCAUGCAAGGCUUCUCCCCAAAGUGUGGCUGUGCAGAUGUGAAAUUUUGCACACGGCAAAUAAUUGAGGCUGGCAAGGCGAAGCGAUGGCAAAGCACACUGUGCACACUCAGAAAACUGUCCGAAAACUUUUUUCAGGCCGAUGUGGUGUUGAUCAACGCUAUCUCUCAGUGCCUUGCACGUUCGAAGUCAUGGAGUUGGAACCUUCAACUCUUGCGAUGGAUGCACGGAGAUCUAUUGGAACCAGACUUGUUGACUUUGACUUUUGCCACGAACUCUUGCUCCUCAAACUGGAAAGCAGCCAUAGGGCUAUUCGAUCUGGGUGCUGGCAGGGUUCAUGUGCAAUCGAUUGAACCUGACGCUGUUUUGGUGAACUCUGUCCUUUCUUCUCUGAUCUGGGGAAAUCUUUGGCAAGAAGCUUUUGGUCUCCGCUCAAGGGCUCCGACGGACGUCUAUGGGGCAGCAACCCUGCUGGCUGGGGCGUCCCUGUUGUGGACUGAAGCAUUGGACUACUUCGAGUUGCAGAAGGAAGAGGGGCUACAACUGAAUCUGGUGUCGAUGAAUUCGCUGUUGAAGGCAUUGACCUCUUCUUGGCCGCAGGCCGCGAUGCUCCUCCGCACAGUGGGCGGUCAAGCCGAUGCGAUUUCAUUCAACACUGCGGCAGCCAGCACUGAUGGACACUGGAGGAGGUCUGUGGCGUUGUUGGAUCAGCGGCGCGCCGUUGACCUGGCCGUGGAUUCCUACACCGUAGCAGCGUUGGCGGACCAGUGCGCCAAGGCCUCUCGUUGGGAAAUUGCCCUGCUGGAAAUUGGCACCUGCGAUACAAUUGCAGCGAAUCGACUGCUGGAUGCUUGUGCUGAGGCGAGUGCGUGGCAGAUGGCAUUGCACCUCUUGGAGACCAUGUUUCAUCAGAGUCCACGGCCGAGUCUCAUCAGCUGCAGUUCCGCCCUGAAGUCCUUGGGAUCGACUGCCACAGCCGCCACAGGUCUGUGGCAUUUGUCCCUGGCUUGGCUCCAGCGACUGCGGUGCCACAAUUUUCACAGCAAUGUGUUGGAUUCGACCUGUAUGGGAGCACUGGGCUGGGCAGAAGCCUUGGCUCUUUGGAAAUCUGGACGUCAGGGCCUUCGUUUGGACGCGGUGAGUUUUAUCUCGCUGCGACUUGCCAUGGGUCGCAGAUGGGAUGUGAGUUUGCAACUGGCUGACAUGCGACGUGCUGUGGAUAUUCCUGAGACUUCAGCGGACUGUGUGCUACCUGAAGCAACCUGGGAGAUUGCCUUGCAACUCUCGAGCCGUUUGGUGACGUUGCAAGCGCCAGUCAUCAUGACAACUUUGGAAUCCUCAUGGGUCCAAUCUUUGGCGCAAUGGCUCUGGCUGCAAGGGCGUGGGGUGGAGGUCGAUGCGAUUGCAGUCCAGAGUGUGCUCAAAAGCUGCAGGAGGGUCUUGCAAUGGCAGCAGUGUCUUGCUUUCCCCAUGGCCACUGGGGCCACCAGCAUCUUGGGCAACAGUGCCAUGGCCACCGCUGUGGAAGCUGGGCGACAAUGGCUGGUCCCCAAGAUGUUGCGAGCCCUGCGCAGCCAUCAUGUGUCGCGAGGUGCACGAUCGAAGUAUGUUGAGUAUCAUUCAAAUGAAGCCACCUUGCUGCCGCCUACAAAGCAAAGUGAUGUGGUUUCCUACAACAUUUGCAUGUCAUCAUAUGAGAAGCACAAGUUCUGGCGAGGCUCUCUGCAGCUAUUGCAGGAGGCGGUUCUGUCAUCCUUCUGCGUGGAUGGCACCACGUACGAGGCAGCUCUGACCAAUUGUCGUGAUGACUGGAAGAGGACGUUUUGGUUGCUGUCGAAGCUCCCACGCAAGUGGCGGAGCCUCUCCUGUUUGAACAGCGCCAUGGGCGAGGAGCCAUGGGAACAAAGCAUGGAGCUCAUGGUUGUCAUGAAGCACCAAGAAGUGGAAGCUGAUGUCAUCACACACAAGGCGAUGAUCAGCAGCUUUGGCCGGGGGAUGCAAUGGAAAGCGACCCUAGGAGAACUGAUUCCCUUGCGAAAGCAAGCCUUGAUAGCCUUGCACAGAAAGGAGGCUAUGGUGGGCUGGGGUGAUGAUUUUGAAACAAGUCUAUGGAAAGAAGUGGAUGGAGAGAAGUGGAGAGAAGUGGAGAGAAGCGGAGAGAAGUGGAGAGAAGUGGAGAGAAGUGGAGAGAAGUGGAGAGAAGUGGAGAGAAGUGGAGAGAAGUGGAGAAGCGGAGAGAAGUGGAGAGAAGUGGAGAGAAGUGGUAAGAAUAAGUAG